UAUGGCUUCAGUUUUCCCGAGAUGUAAUGAUAGUUUGUUGUCUACUAACCAUUGGCUGCAGGACUCCAGUUCCAGUGUUGUUACAUUAGCUAUAUAUUGUGGGUCUUUACCUGACACUAACAUUAUUGUUAUAAUCAAAAGGAGGCGCUAAACUCUGACACUAACGUAGCACUGUCAUCCACAUACAGUAGUAGGUUGUACUUGACACUGAUGAUCAUGUCACCACUAACAACUAUACGGUGUAAUCUGUGGUGGUCCUCAAGAACCCCCAACAACAAGUCCACACUUAUAUUAAAGAAAUGGAACAAACAGAUGAUUCUAAAGAAACUAUGAGGUUAAGUGUAACAGGUGAUAAACCGUUUAUAAGUGUGAGUGACAAAGAACAGUGUCAUGCACCAGCUGUUUUGACCCAGAAACUUGUAUCCAUCAAACAGAAUUCAUACACUACAGAUGAUGGUUUAUUAUUUACACAAGGUUCCCUUGUCCAAAAUUUGAUAAAUAUCAAGUGUGAUGAAUGUCAGGCUAAAAACAUGUAUUCAAAAUGCAACACUGUAUUUGGUUUAGUAAACUCUAUAUCUCUCAAGUGUCAAAACUGUGGUAAAGUAAAAGAAAUCAGUACCAAUCCAAGAACUCGGGGAGAAGAGUCUCAAGUGAAUAAACAUAUAAUGGAGUAUAUAUUAAAUUCUCAAGGUGGUCAAGCACUUUUUAAAGAACUUUUAAAAAUAAGUACAAAACUAGAAAUUGUAGAGGAUGCAAAAGUAAAGCAAGAAGUAAGCAUCCCAGAGAUAAACAUCAAAGAAGAGACCCAAGAUGCUGAAGAUGUAUUGUCUAUGAAUGGACUGGAAGUGCCUGGACAUGUGGAAACAUUUGUAGGACUAGAGAGAAGAGAUCUGAUUAGCAAAGAUGAUACUGAUGCAAGUCAUUUAGGUCCUUUUAUGAUGAAACAUCCAUCUUCAGUAAGAAUAAGUCAACCAGAUCAGCAUCUUCAAGGCUUGAUAUCAAAAUGGCCAGAUCCAAAUGAACUGGAAACUCGCAGGUCAUCUUCAACAGAAAGGGUACAAACUAUUCCCUGUGUGAGGCGGCCACGUUGUAUGGAUUCACCCUGCCGUCUAUAUCGUAAUUUAGACCACUCGCUGGAAACUAUCACAAAAAGACUGAGGUGUAGAGUGUGUUUUAGGUCUGGCAAAAGAAAAGACACUAAGUACAAAUGCAAAUCGUGUGGUGUGGCUCUGUGUCCAGCUCCAUGCCAUAGUCUGUAUCAUUGUAAGAUAAAAUAUUGGGUGGGACUGCAUUAAACCCAUCACUCCCUCAAAAUCUCUUCCACCAAUGAUACUGAAAAGCCCCUUCAGGGUAUUAUAGCCCAGGAAGUUUGUGAAGGGAUCAGUGCAGAUGUUGUACAGGACUGUUGACAAUUAUUGGUAUUGGUGGUGUAAUAGUGAUGGUGGAGGCCACAUUACUUGUUUUGUUGUCUUAUGCUAUCUUGGCUGUGUUCUAGGGUAUUAGUUAAACUGGUCAUAUAGAUAACUAUAGUAACAUAAAAAAAUAAAAGAUUCGAGAGUAUAAAUUAUUAUUAUCUUGUGGCCUAGUGGUUGCACUAGGCCACAAGGUAAAAACAUGCCAUGAUUGAGUGGUGACCACUCGAAGGUUAAUGGCACACACAUCAUCUUCUUUCAACAAACCAGCUGUAUCCCACCAAGGCAGGGUGGCCCAAAAAGAAAAACAAAAGUUUCUCUUUUUAACUUUAGUAAUGUAUACAGGAGAAGGGGUUACUAACCUCUUGCUCCCGGCAUUUUAGUCACCCCUUACGACAUGCAUGGCUUACGGAGGAAGAAUUCUGUUCCACUUCCCCAUGGAGAUAAGAGGAAAUAAACAAGAACAAGAACUAGUAAGAAAAUAGAAGAAAACCCAGAGGGGUAUGUAUAUAUAUGCUUGUACAUGUGUAGUGUGACCUAAGUGUAAGUAGAAGUAGCAAGACGUACCUGAAAUCUUACAUUUUUAUGAGACAGAAAAAAGACACCAGCAAUCCUACCAUCAUGUAAAACAAUUACAGGCUUUCGUUUUAUACUCACUUGGCAGGACAGUAGUACCUCCCUGGGUGGUUGCUGUCUACCAACCUACUACCUAGGUGGCACACACAUGUAGUAUAAAAAUUAAACUAAUGUCACUAUAAAACAUAACUGGUAAGAUAAUGUACAAGGAUUGAUCACUGGCCAUGUCAAGAUAUUCAUGGCUUGAAACAUAUUGUUAAUAUAUACUGUACCAACCAACUGUUGUCACAUACCCAGGAACCCUAUUGUAGUACAAUACACAAGACUUGAGCAGGCACUGGGGAAAAAACAGUGAUCUGCUUCCAUGCAAUGUGCUGCAUUUAAGGCUAGCUCCACAGCAUCAUAACAACACUCACCAAACGCAUCCCAGAAACUGCCAGCUUCACUGUAUUACUUCUACACCAUGAGCUCAUUGCUCAAACAUUACCCUAUUACCUUCUACUAGCCCAAAACCUGACUUUUAUAAGGAAGCAGUGUCUUAUAUCUUUCUCCAUGACUUCAGCUUCAGAGAACUGUGGUGGGGGGAGGGGGUGCUUGUACAUCCCAUAGCCCUUGUGGCUUAGCGCUUCUUUUUGAUUAUAAUAAUAAUAAUUGUUAUUAUUAUUAUAAUCAAAAAGAAGCGCUAAGCCACAAGGACUAUACAGUCAUAAUAAUUGUACAUCCCAUGAUUUAUCAUCAUGAAACAGAAUUGCCUUGUGCAUUACAAAAUAAUAAUUGUACACAAAUAAACAAUGCAGGAGAGAGAAUAAUAUUUAUACAAUCAAAAUAAAUUAUGUACAUUGUUUAUUCAGGGUAAGUGUUUAAUAAUUUAGCUACCAAUUUCAGACUGAUCAGGUGUAUGUCACUACACUCAUGUAUAUCAUUAUACUUACCCAUAGCUUUACAGUAUGACAUAUAAAUGUCCAUUUGCAACAACACAUAAAUAAAAAAAAAGUGCUAGUCACAAAUAUGAUAUAAAAAUUAAAGGACACAAGUGCAACUAAUGUGACAUUUUAUUGUGGCAACGUUUCGCUCUCCAGGAGCUUUAUCAAGCCAUUACAAACAAUACAUGGACACAGAGGGUAUAUAAAGGCUCAGAG